ACAGUUAACAAGAGGCAAAUCCAUUAUCCAUGAGCCCCACAUGAUUCUUCUAAUUCUUCUUCCCCUUUGCCAAGCACAAACCUCUAUAAAUUCCAGCUCAAACCCUAUACACAAUUCUCAGUAAUGGCGGAUUUCCUGUGCUCCGACUGCAAGCGGCACACGGAGGUGGUCGAGGACCACGCGGCGGGGGACACCACGUGCUCCGAGUGCGGCCUCGUGCUGGAGUCCCACGCCAUUGACGAGAAAUUCGAGUGGCGAAAUUUCGCCAACGAGUCCGGCGACACCGAUCCGGUCCGGGUCGGGGGACCGUCGAACCCGCUCCUGGCCGACGGCGGGCUCUCCACCGUCAUAUCGAUGCCUAGCGGUGGCGCCGCCGGCGAUUCCAUGACCUCGUCGCUGGGGAGGUGGCAGAGUCGGGGCUCGAACGCCGAUCGGUCGCUGCUGCUGGCUUUCAAGACCAUAACCACCAUGGCGGAUAGGUUGGGCCUUGUUGCAACUAUAAAGGAUCGGGCUAGUGAGAUUUUUAAGAAGGUGGAGGAUCAAAAGUCAUGUCGAGGAAGAAAUCAGGAUGCCAUUUUGGCUGCUUGCUUGUACAUAGCCUGUCGCCAAGAGGACAAGCCUCGCACUGUAAAAGAAAUUUGCUCGGCAGCCAAUGGGGCAACAAAGAAGGAAAUUGGGCGAGCCAAAGAGUUCAUAAUCAAACAGCUAGAGAUCGAGAUGGGGCAGUCAGUGGAGAUAGGGACUAUACAUGCUGGUGAUUUCAUGAUCGUGAAUAUGACAAACGAUGGGAGACAAAUUUUGUGUUCACAUCCAGUACUUACUCUAUUAGAGAGGAGUCCCAUUUCAAUUGCAGCAGCAGUUAUUUACAUAAUCAACCAGCUUUCAGAUGAUAAAAAACCCCUCAAAGACAUAUCGAUUGCCACUGGAGUUGCAGAAGGGACAAUACGAAACUCGUUCAAGGAUUUGUAUCCUCACCUUUCCAAGAUUGUACCCAGUUGGUAUGCUCAGGAAGAGAACCUCAAGAACCUCAGCAACCCAUGAAGCAGACAUAUAGAGAGAGGUAUAUUCUGAAAAAUGUGAAGAAACUCAGUCCUAACUUAGUUUUUCUCUGAAUAUGGUUUAUAUUUAUGAACAAGGUGUCGUGUUGUCUGCACAUCUGCUAAAAGUCUAGAUAUUUUGUAUCGAUAGAUAAGCUGUUGUACUGAUUGGAAUAUGCAAUUGGAUGAAGCUCCGAACUUUUUAAAGCGAUAUUCCUUGUUAGUGGUACUGAAAUUGCAGGCCUGACUGUUAAACAACCGUAUUUUUACAACUGAAAUGCUUACUUUAAAAUUGAAAUGUCAUACUCGGAAAAAAACACCACAAGCUAAAGUAUGACAUUUCAUAGAAUAAGUAUGUACUUUUUGACACCAGAGUUUGG